UCUGCACUUCAGUAUUUCUUUACUUUCGACAGCACAGCUGGGGAGGGCAUGCCUCUCACAUAGAGGAAACAAAAGAAAUAAGCACACUCUACACAGUGCUAUUUAUGAACAUAUAAUAUUUGGUCAGUGAAAGAUAGACUACAGCAGAGAGUUGAAUACACAAUGACAGAAGGAAGGGAUCUUGAACUUUAUGAGUCUUCGCAGGACAGCAAAUUUUGGAUGGUCCUUCCUACAUAUUAAACCCGACGGAGUAUACUGGAGUUACUCAGAGGAAAAGAACUGCACUCUAUUCUUCAGUCUGGAGAGUGUGUACAAGAGGAUGUAAAUGUUUUUUAAUGGACUUCAAUGACUAGGGCCAAGGAUCACAAAAACUACCAUGACAAAAAAUAUCUCCACCACGUGUGCCACAACCAUCUUCCAGACUGCAAACAGCUCCCUUUUUCUUAACCCCACAAUGACCAGCAUAAUGAACUUGACCACAACUCCUGACCCCCAACAAACUUGCGUGGACCAUGGCGCAUUGCAAAGCUCGUUGGCGGUGCUCUACUCUAUAAUCUUCAUCCUGGGUCUAUUUGGGAACCUGGUGGCUCUGUGGGUUUUCUUCUGUGUUCACUCCAAGAAGAACUCUGUGCGGGUGUUUCUCAUAAAUGUAGCUUUUGCAGACCUGCUGCUGGUGGUAUGUCUGCCAUUCAGGAUACUAUAUCACAGCCAGGGUAACAUCUGGAACCUUAAUGCUACCUUAUGUAAAGUAGUGGGCAACCUUUUCUACAUGAACUUGUAUAUUAGUGUCACUCUGCUGGGGUUGAUCAGUGUGGAUCGCUACCUGAAGAUCCAUCGUGGUGCAGGGAUGCAGCACAGACUGUGGUCCACAAGGUGGAGCACUGCCCUCUGUGCAAUCAUCUGGAUUGUGGCCUCUGCUUUGACUUUUGCGCUCCUGAUGUCAAAGAAUCACUCACAGUCGGACAGGUGUUUCCAAUACAAGCAGCUCCAUGAUGCAAAGUGGAAAGCCUACAUCAACAUCUUUGUGGUGGUUGUCUUCUGGCUCGUAUUCAUGUCUCUAGUGGUGUCUUAUGGAAAGAUCGCCCUCAAGCUUCUGAGAACAUCGCAAGAGAAACCAGGUCUGCCCAAUGCGCCCUACUACGCUCGAACUGCCAAGAAGUCCUUCUUCAUCCUCUUUCUCUUCACUGUCUGUUUUGUACCUUACCACAUGGUCAGGGUGUUCUACAUAAAAACCCAGAUCACACAAACCUCAUGUUUCUGGCAGGGUGUGGCUGACAAAGCCAAUGAGGUGGCUUUGGUGUUUUCUGCCCUCAACAGCUGCCUGGAUCCAGUUAUGUACUUCCUGUUAUCCUCCUCAGUGAGGAAGGAGGUGCUGCGCUUGGUGAGCAACGUGUUUUGUGUGCGAGAUGUUACUGGAGUCAGCGGGAGCAGCUCCACUGUUGAUUUGGACAGUAAGAAUGGAAAGACUGACAGAGGACAGGCAAACGUCUGCUUAAUCAGCACUCAGAAGGAUACCAUGACUAGUGAAGCCAACCCAGAUGGGCUGUAAAGGUUCUCAGACCAUUGUUCCAAAAUAAAUGAGGCAGUAGCAGAGGCAAGGAGGGGAGGUUGACUGCUGCCUAUAUCUAUAUGCCGUUGUUGCCCGAGUUGACUAUGGGCGAAAGUUUCCACUUUGCCAGAAAUUGAGGCAGGAAUUAAUUUUACUGGAGUACCCUGAAUUAUACAUUGUUUUAUCAGCAAUGAAAAAAACAUACCAGUUUGAUUAUACUGUCAGAGGGCAUUUAUGCUUAAGAUUUAUGAUAUGACAAUAUUUAUGAUGUUAGCUAAACCUGUAUCAGGGUUUCUGCAGGUUUCAACAACUUCAAUUUAAGACUUUUUAGGACCUUUUUAAGACCAUUAUGAAUGAAAUUACAAAAGUUAAUGUUGAAUGGGUCGCACUGGGACUGGCUUUUUUAGGCAGCUUUAUGUUUUUCUGACUUCCCCUCUGAUGUCUUUUUUCCCAAAGUUCCUAAUUUGAGUGUUUUCUUGCACAAGGUUCAGCAGGCUUCAAAUUCUAUGUCAGUUUUAUAAAAUCAAUGAUAACUUCAUAAUCCAAUCAAUGUUUAAGACCUGUCAAGCUCAUAUUUAAGACAUUUUAAGGCCUAUAUUUUAGAUAAUUCUUUUUUAUGACCCGCAGAAACUCUACUAAUUGUGUAAUUUUACUAAAACUUGCUAUGUUAAUUGUGUCAUACUGCAAAUCACUUCCCUUUAUUUUAAACAACAGCCCUAUAUUACGCUAUGUGGUGAGAUUAGAGUAAGAGGACAACACUAACAUGUUGUGUUUGUUACACAUGGUAACAUCAGCAAGAUUGGAUGGAGGCCACAAAGACAGAGAUGCACCUUGCAUUGUUACUGCAUUUAAAAUUUUUUUUUUUAAUAUGGCUUCAUGCUUUCGUAGCUUUAUAGACAAGGCUGCAGAAGACUCAGGCUCAGGUACAUGUACACAGAUCAGCCACAUUCUGACCACCUUGGCACAUAAUGUUAUGCAGAACCCAUUCCAACAACCUGCGAUGCACUGUGUUUCCAGACCCCUUUCUAUCAGAACCAGCAUUAAC